AUGUUGGCGUUCAAAUGCGAAGCGGGAAAGGGUGAUGACGUGGAUGUGGGACUCCGGAGGGCCGACAAGUCGUUUCGUAUUGGUGGCGGAAAGGAUCCAGUGGCACCGUAUCUUGACAUCGAUCGUAUCAUAGAAGUAGCUGCAAAGAAUAAUGUCGAUGCAAUUCAUCCUGGUUACGGUUUCCUUGCUAAACGACCAGAGUUCGCUGAACAAGUUGUCGCCGCUGGAAUGACAUACAUCGGACCGAAAGCAUUUGUGAUCAAGCAGAUGCGCGACAACUUGAAAGCUCGUCAGUGUGCCACGCAGGCAAAACUGAAG